AUGUCUUCGGGUCCGGCCAAAGAAGCUAGUCAUCUGAUCCCUCCGUCUCCCACCGGCAAUGCUGGUGUCACAAAACGGCAGAAUGUAGUGAGCACCCUGAUUGAACCAUCUCCGGGAACUCUCGCACCUGGCGUGGCAUCGUCGAUAAUCAGAAAAAAGAGUGGAAUCGGCAGAAACAACUUGUUCACUCGAGAUGAGGCCCCGAAAAGGAAGCCCUCCAUCAAACAAAGGUAAUAUUCGGCGUGAAUUUUAUAUUGUUUUAGCAUUAACAACACCGAGGGAUCAGUUCGGACAAUUACGGCCGUUUGUGAUGUGACUCAGGACUCGAAAAGGCUAAGGCAAUCCUCAAAGACUUUUGCCAGGAGAAAGGAUGGACAAAAAGUUACAAAAGGAAGCACGAGGAAGAAGAAUAGCGCAAUACAAGACCCGUCUAUCACUGUAGAUCCGACUAUGAAGUCGUCUGUAAGUAAUAGCGCUCUUAUUGUUCUAAGAAUUUAGAUCGAAUCGGUCAAAAAAUUAAAAACUGACGAAGAGGAAGCGAAAUCAGAGAAGAGCAAGGCCCUCAGCAAACCGAUCGGAGCCACUACGUCAAGUUGCAUAACUGAGGAUAAAGUCAUCGAAAACUUUGAUAUCGGCGCUUUUUUGGAUCGACAUUACGCGAAGGUUCAACCAGGAGUAAGUGAUUAAGUUUUCUCAGAUUUUUCGUGGUUUAGCACUUAGUUAUGAUUCAGUUAUGACAUCUUUUGAUCCUUUAUUUUUAGGUCCAUCGGCUCAGGUAUACACCGUCAGAAAUUCGAACUAUCUGCAAGAGGGCUAUCGAUCUUCUGUCUCCCGAAUCCGCCUUGAUCGACAUCCGCGCCGGUCUCUACGUCUGCGGAGACAUUCACGGCCAAUUUAAUGAUCUUAUCAACAUGUUCAUUUUGCUUGGAAGACCACCCAACACUCGUUACUGCUUCCUUGGCGAUUAUGUAGAUCGGGGAGGGAUGUCCUUGGAGUGCAUUAUGAUGUUGUUAGCCUAUAAGGUGAGUACUUUUUUGGUUUUUGAAUUGGUCUUAGGUUUUGUACCCAAAGCACAUGUAUCUUCUCCGAGGGAAUCACGAAUGCGGAAGAGUAAACAAGAAAUACGGAUUUAUGGAUGAAUUGGAACAGGUGUUUGGCUUACCUUAUGCGAAGACUUGUUGGGAAGUAUUUCAAGUGAGAGUUUACGUUUAAAAAUUUACAGGAGGUUCAAAGAAAUAUACCGCAAAGCGUUUUCGAAUUUGUGGAAUAUUGUUGAAGCACCUUAUGUAUUAUGCAUUAUCUUUAUCCACGAAAUUUGUAAAGGUUAUUUUUUCAUUUCAGCGGGUAUUCAACGUUCUUCCAGCUGGUGCUGUGAUUGAGAAGAAGAUCAUUUGCAUGCACGGGGGUCUAUCUCCUCUAAUGUAUGGUUUAGAAGAGAUCAAAAAGGAAAGUAAACCAAUCAGAAACCCGUCAAAGGUAGGUUGAUUGGCCAGUUUGUAGUGGUUUUCCUACCCCAGUUUUGUUCCCUGGCCGUCUUUGUCUCCAGACCGGUUUUGUCCCCACAGACGCAAUUCUUACUACACUCGGUCCCCGGCUAGCAGGCCAGCUUCUUUUGAUCAAAUCCGUUAUACUUUGGCGAUUUUCAGUUCGCCUAAAAAAUUGUGAGGGCAGAAACGUCCAGGGCAAAAAGGGCUGGGGACCUAACCGCCCCUUAAGUUUUAUCAAGUUGUUUUCAGGGAAUCAUCAACGAUAUGCUUUGGGCGGACCCUCAACAUGACAUAAAUUUCUGGAGAACCAGUACGAGAGGCUCUGGAUUCUGUUUCGGAAAUCGGGUAAGGAAGGAUACGAUGGGGUUAUUAGAAUAUUUUUCAGGUAAUUGACGAGCUUUUGAAUGUAAAUAAAUUGGAAAUGAUCCUGAGAGCUCAUCAGCUUUGUAUGGAUGGAUUUUGGUUCUUCAACGAUCGAAAAUUGGUGACCAUUUUCUCGGCCCCAGUGUACGGUAACACGUUUAAAAAUGCUUCCGCUGCCCUCAGAAUAGAUAAGGAUCUCAAAUGCCGGAUGGUGACUUUUGUCCCUGAUUCGGUAAGUAUGUUGGAGGUUAGGAAUGUUAGAAAUGUUUUUAAUAUUACGGUAGACAGAGGAUUUUUUCAAGCAGAUGAUGUACAAUGUUAUAAUUGCAGCCUGAUGUGAAAGCGAUGGUCGAAACCCGCCAAACCCUGUACGAAGCGCCUCCGCCCGACUCAGAAGAUCCCAUCGCCGCCCCCAUCCCCACGCCUCUCCCCCAAUCUUGCACUUGA